CGCUUACGUCAAAUGGGACAGGCUAGACAUGGGCAUUAUGAAACUAUUCGUACAGAAAAGGAUAUUUUACAUAUUACCACUACUGCGGAGCGAUGUGUUGUUCACUUUAGUCACAAGGAUUUUCGAAGAUGUCAACUAAUGGACCAGCACAUGCAGGAACUUGCCAAGAAACACUUCAAGACUCGAUUUAUCAAGAUCGAUGUGGCAGACGCACCCUUUCUAGUCGAUAAACUCAAGAUUCAGAUUCUGCCAUGCAUUAUGGCAUUUAUAGAUGGUGUAACUGUUGACAAACUUUUAGGAUUUGAAGGAGUCUCUGAAAAAGAUGAUUUUCCAACAUCCAUGCUCGAGAAACGUCUUACUGAAGGGAGCAAAGUAAUAGUUUUGGAUGAAAUCAACAAAGCUGGAGCCAAUUCACGAAGAACGAUCCUUGGAUUUGCCAACACCAAAUCUAGAAAUGACAGCGAUAGCGAGGAUGAUGAAUAG